CAUAAAACGACAUUAUCUGUAGUUUAUUACUAUAAUAAUUAAAAUGUUGUUUUGUUUAUUUAAAAAAAUUUUUAAUUUUAAUUUAGUUUAAUUUGUACAUUAUUUUUAAUAUUAAGAUAUGAUAGCAUCUGAUGCUUUGGAUUAUGACCAUAAGAAUUUAAAUCGCAAUGGUGAAACUGACCAUAAAAAUUUCUCAGAUUCUGACUCAGAUAAAGAACAUGAAUCUAAUUCUGAGGAAGACUCUGAGUUAAGUUACUACCAGUCUCUUCUGAGAGGAAAUGAGUUCUACUUGGAUGAGAAAGUUGGACUAGAUCCCAUAAAAGCGACUUGUAUGGCAUCUAACCAGUCAGGAACCUUUUUAGCAACAGGUUCUCGUGAUGGUACAGUACGGUGUAUUAACUUUGAUAAGUGGUCAAAGGGAGGUUUUGGAGACUUUUGGAAGACUAAACUUGAACAGUCAGUGAAUGGACUUUGUUUUAAUGUUGAGGAGUCAGUAUUAGCUGUAGCAUCUGGUAACAUGUUACAUUUUUAUACCGACGGAGGUGAUUUGAUAGUUUCAACAACAAAGGGUGACAUGUAUCUUCUGGAUGCAAAGAAGACCAAGGGCCACACAUCAACCGUUACAUGUGUUGCAAAUGACCCCAAGAACUCUAAUUUCUUCUCUUCAGGAUCACUUGACGGUACAGUUAGGGUGUUUGACAUACAGUCAAAUAGGCAAAGUAUAUCACUAUCGGUUAAUAAUUUAAAUAUAUACACUUUAUCAAAUAAGUAUUUAAACAGAAAUAAAACGUUAAAUAACUCUAAUGUGGGUCAGAAGGCUAAGAUGAACAGGAUAGGGAUAAGUUCUUUGUGUUACUCAACUAACAAUUUUAAGGACGUCCUUGUGGCUGGAAAUGACCUUGGCUUUCUUGUGGUUUGGGACCAGAAAACUGCUUUUCAGAGCAUGUACGUUGAGUCCCAUGGCUCAGCAGUUCACUCAGUUCUCACAUACGAUGAUGCGAAGGUUGUAUCACACUCAAACAACUGUGUUAAGUUUUGGGAUUUAAAAAACACACAAAAACCCCUUAAGGAGCUUAAUAUACCUCAGGCAAACAACUCAAAUGAUACUCAAUCUAUUGUACUGUCCCCUGACAAUUUACACCUGAUUAUUAACUCUUCUACCACCCAGAAUAAUGGCUCUGAAAAUGAAAAUACACUUAACACAAUACUUUAUGUGUUUGACAUUGAAAAGAUGGAAAUAGUAAAUAAAUUGACUGUAGAUUCGUUGUUAGGCCCUAUGGUUUGGGCUUACGAGACUAAUCAGUUGUUUAGUGUGUGUUCUGACGGGAAGAUAUAUGCUAGAACAACUGAUUCUACUGUAGGAGCUAACCACUAUGAGAGGGCAAUUCAGGCGCUUGAGAAGAAGAAUAAGUAUUCAAAGGUUAACACAUUUUCAGCUAAACCUGAGGCUUAUCCCAUAGAUUACCUACCAGAUGACCUUGUUGAAGUUGAGGACGGAGUCCUAAAGAAGCGUAGAGUAGAACAUCACGACAAAUACGGAAUACCAAAACAGGAGGGAUAUGACUACUUUAAACAUGGAAAGACACCAAUAACCUACGAGGAUGAUGAUAUAGUUACAAAACUAAGAUCACAGGUUGAAAAGGACCCCAAUAGGGAACUGACAACAAAGGAGGGAAUAAGGCAGAUACCUUACAAGGCUGAUAGAUUCAUGGCAAUAUACAAAAAGACCCAGCCCAACUUGAUUCUGGACUUCAAUAAACCAGCAACCAAACAGGAAAACAUGCUUCUUGGAGUCAGUAAAUGCCCUAGGUGUGGCAUUAAAAUCUGCCAGUGCGGUUAUAUGGAUAAAAAGUAAUAUCGCA